AUGCCAAGAAGUAGUUUUAAAACAAAAUUCAUUCAAUUGUAUGAACAAAUCACUUUAAAUGAUUUGUGGAUGUUGGAGUUAUUUGGUGAAAACGAUGAUAAAACACAAGAGAAACAGGACGAGAUAAUAGAAGACUUGACGAUUUUAAUGUUAAUUGCUGAAAAUUCCCGAUAUGGAGCUCCGUUUUUGCAGCAUUCUGUGCCUAAAUCGAAUAUGUUCUUGGAAAAUGUCUUGCCUCAUUUGGAUGAAGAUCGGUUUAAACAAAUCGUUCGCGUCAACUGGUCAAAUUUUGAUAUCAUCCUAGACCUAAUUAAAGAUGACGAGAUUUUUCAUGGACCAAGAUCCUGUCGACAGUUAUCUGUCAAAACACAGUUAACAAUAGUUCUUUAUCGAUUGGGAUCUAGUGGUGAAGGAGGUUCGAUUGCCAAAAUUGCAAGAUUGUUUGGAAUUGGUGACGGUGGUACAAUUCAGAACAUCACCGAGAGAGUUUUCCAGGCAAUUCUAAAACUUAAAAACAAAUAUCUGUUUUGGCCAGAUGCUCAAGAGCGGAAAAAUUUGGCUUUGGAAACGUCAAAUGAAUUGCCGCACUGCAUUGGAUAUGUUGACGGCACUGAAAUAAAAUUAGCCGAAAAACCGUCAGAAGAUCCUGAAGCUUACUUUUCAAGAAAGCAUAUUUACUCCCUCAAAGUUCAGGCAGUGUGCGACUAUAAACUAAGAAUUCGUCAUAUGGUUUUGGGAUAUCCAGGCAGUGUCCAUGAUGCGCGAAUAUAUAAUAACUGCGACCUGUUCACCAAAGAACAAGAUUUUUUCACGGGGUCAGAAUGGCUGGCGGGCGACAGUGCAUACAAAUUAACUGGCACUGUUGUGACUCCUUUCCGGGAGAAUUCGGUUGAAAUGACUGCAGAAAAAAGAAAGAACUUUAAUAGGAAUUUUAGUAAAUACCGCAUACGAAUCGAACACUGCUUUGGUCUCUUGAAGGAGCGAUUCAGUAGUUUAAAGGAAUUAAAAAUACAAAUUAAAAACCAAUCUGGGAAUAAAUUAGCAUGUCGUUGGGUUCUUGUGUGUGCUAUUUUGCAUAACAUUAUUCUCGCGCAAACUGCAUCAGAGGAUAGCUUCGAAGUUCAAAAUGAAGCAAACACUGCAGACAUUCACGAAGAAUCCAACCAUGAAAGUGAAGAAUCCAACCAUGAAAGUGUUUGCACUGUUGCAGGGCAAGUGAAGAGACGAGCCUUGGUGGAACUGAUCCACGAACAAAAUUUAUAA